AUGGACUUCAAAGUUGCAGUCAUCGGCGCGGGGUUUGGAGGGGUAUGCGCAGGUGUGAAGCUCAAGGAACAGCUGAAGUUGUCAAAUUUCACGAUAUAUGAAAAGUCGUAUGACGUUGGUGGUACAUGGCACCUCAACACAUAUCCGGGAUGCGCUUGCGACGUCGAGUCGCAUCUGUACUCGUUCAGUUUCCAGCAAAAGCCCGACUGGACAGAGGCGUACGCGUCCCAGCCCGAGAUACACCAGUACUUGCGAACGGUCGUAAAAGAUCGCGGAUUGACGGAUCAUGUGCAGUUCGGGACGGAGGUUGUCAAACUGGCGUGGGACGGGAGGAAGAAUGUCUGGCACCUUUCUUUGAAGAUCAAGGACAAAGCCGGCAACGUACGGUUGGAGGAAACCACGGCGAAUGUCGUCAUCGGCGCCGUAGGCCCUCUCCACCGGCCCCACUAUCCCGAGAUCCCCGGAUUUAAAGACUUCAAAGGAAAGCUGAUGCACACAGCCGAGUGGGACAACAAGGUUGAUCUGAAAGGGAAACGAGUCGCCGUCAUCGGGAACGGAGCCAGUGGUGCGCAGGUCGUGCCGGAGCUGGCACCGAUUGUGGAUAAGCUCACGGUGUUCCAGCGAACUGCGAGCUGGAUCUCCCCGCGUAACAACUUUCGUCAUUCGGGGAUUCUCAAGUUCAUGUUUAGAUAUGUGCCAUUCUUGCAGAGAUUCUGGCGGUUCUGCCUUUACGUCAGGAGAGAUAUCCUCUGGUACAACGCCUUCAAAUCAGGCAGCCCGAUCGCCCGCCUGCUCUCCCACAUGCUCCGCAGCUAUCUCAAACAAGAGAUCCCCGAUGAUGCCCUGCGCGCCAAGCUAACGCCCGAUUACGAUCCCGGAUGCAAACGCAUCGUCGUCUCAGAUGCCUAUCUCCCCGCCAUGCGACACCCAAGUACUCGCCUCGUAACGGAAUCCAUUGUCGAGAUCACCCCGAAUGGGAUCAUGACCUCGGAUAAAGAGCGUCACGAUCUGGACGUUAUUGUCGUGGCCACGGGAUUCCUGGUCCAGGAGUCGUUCAAUGGGGUGGAGGUGAUCGGCAAAGACGGGUUGACACUACAGCGCCGGUGGUCGGAUAGUCUGGAAGCGUAUUUGGGAAUGACGGUCAGCGAGUUCCCGAAUCUGUACUUCUUGAUGGGCCCGCACACCGGUCUAGGGCAUUCGAGCGUCAUCACCAUGAUCGAAUGUCAAAUGAACCAUAUAACUCAACUCCUGAAAAAGCAAAUCCUCAGUUCCGCAGCCACCCUCACCGUGCGCCCCUCCGCCCUCAAAGCGUUCGAAGCAGAGAUGGACGGCGGCACGAAAGAUAAAGUAUGGCAGCUGGGCCAUUGCCAGAGUUGGUACAAGAACAGCAGUGGGCGUAUCACGGCACUCUGGCCGUAUUCUGUGUUCUACUAUUGGUGGCGGACCAGAUCGGUACGUUGGGCUGAUUACGAGUUGCAGUGAACAUGAUGCUCUUUCGGUGUAUGUUCAGUGUAGUAUUUGCCAUAAUCGUCGGCGGCGUUCCGUUGCCAUAAUGGCGUAGUUUCAAAGACGUAUGUCACAUAUGUACAAUCUAUUCGAAUUGUGGACCAUCAGGCCAUCCCGAGCUCUCCUAGUGAUAGACUAAACCACUUAUUG